AAGAAUUGAUCUCUACUUCUCCUGUAUUGAUUCAGAAAAACGCUUUACUUCUCAUGUUGAUAAUGUCAGAGACAACUCAGUUCCGCGUUAGGAAGGUGCCUAUAUCAAAUUGCCAAGCCUUGUUACAGUCAAUACCCGGUAUCUCCGCGCGAAGGAUUGCAUGAUCAAGGCAACAACUUAUUCGUAGGCACUUUUUCAAGGCAUUGAUAAAGCCGUCUUAAGCUGCUGGGUUGACUUUGAGUGCAUUCCGCAAUUAUGCUUUUCGACAAGGCUUCGGCACUGCUGUUGGCGAAUACCAAUCUAUUGCAACCAUUUAGGAAUAUUGUUCCGAUCACUCAGAGUCCGUUGUUGUUGAAAGAACCGGAGUUUUCAUGGGACAAUCUCCCGGCAAAUGAGUCUCUCGUCUAUCAAGACUGCUUUGAUGGAUUCCACUGUGCAAGGCUGCAGGUCCCUCUCGACUGGCUUAACGAGGACGAAACAGAUAAUCGCACCAUCGGGAUAGCCAUUAUCAAAGUGCCUGCAGUCGUUCCUGUGACGGAUAGCAGAUAUGGUGGUGCCAUAGUCUUGAACCCUGGUGGUCCUGGUGGCUCUGGUAUCAAUCUGGUGCACAGAGAGGGCAAGGAGAUCCAGACCAUAGUAAGCGCUGGCCCAGACGCCGAUAACAAAACGGCAAAAUUCUUCGACAUUAUCAGCUUCGACCCUCGUGGUGUCAACAACACGCAACCUACUUUCCAAUGCUUCCCGGACUUUAUCGAGCGUAUGACCUUUGAGAAAGAACUUGAAGCAUAUGGUGCUCCUGGUAGCAGUAACGUCGCGUUCAGCAAUUUAUGGGCUCGAGUGCGUACUCACGCAGAUUCAUGCUCAAAGAGAGCUAUUGAGUCAGGCAUUGGCGAAUACAUGUCAACUACAAGUGUAGCCAGAGAUAUCAUCGAAAUUUUCGAGAAGCACGGCGAAUGGAGAGAGAAAGAAGCUCAGAAGUCCGCGAAACUGGUUGAACUACCGUAUCACGUCAAGUACGUACCUGGUGAGGAGUUGGUACAGUACUGGGGCUUCAGCUAUGGCACUGUUUUGGGAGCUACACUAGUCGACAUGUACCCCGAACGAGUCAAGCGGGUCAUUCUGGACGGCGUGGUCGACUCCUUCGACUAUUACGAAGGUGGCUGGACUACAAACUUGCAAGACACCGACAUGGAGAUUGUGAAGUUUGCAGAGUAUUGUUGGAUGGGUGGACCCAAAAAUUGCGCUCUUUACGAUGAUGAUGGACCUGCCUUCAUCGCCCAACGGUUCUCUGAAAUCAUCCAGGAUCUGAAGAAUACUCCCAUCGGCGUACCAGAAACUGACGAGUUUUCGGCUGAUUUGGCGACAUACACUGACCUUAAGAUGUACUUCUGGGCGACUGCCUACAAACCACUCGCCAAGUUUCACAAACUCGCAGAAACCAUGGCACAACUCGAAAAAGGAAAUGGCACCGCUUUGGUACAAGGGAGACGUGCAGGCAGUAAGCUACUCAAACAAGGACUCUCCGAGCAGUGCAAGAAAGACGGCCCUUACUCAAGAGCUUGCAAUCCUUACUACGACGGACAUGAUACCCGCAUCGUCUCAGCAGCGGUUCUAUGCAGUGAUGCAGAAGGCCAAACCAACAUGACCAAAGAAGCGUACUGGGACUACGUGCAGGAUUUGAUGAAGCAGAGUAGACUGAUGGGAGACGUAUGGACGACCAUCAGAAUGCCUUGCACAAAUUGGCACGCUCGUCCAAAAUGGCCAUAUGAAGGUCACUUCAAUGCCACGACUGCGCAUCCCAUCCUCUUCAUUGGAAACUCAGUCGACAAUGUCACUCCUAUCCGCAAUGCCCAUAGGAUGUCGAAAGGCUUCCCUGGCUCCGUUGUAUUGCAUCAGGAUGCUGAAGGUCACUGCUCUUCUGCUGGUGUCAGCUUCUGUACUGCGAGGACCAUCAGAAACUACUUCCAGACUGGUGUGUUGCCAAAAGUUGGCACAAUUUGUUCGCCUGAAAGACUGCCCUUGGAUGGUUAUAGCGAAGAAGAUGAGCCUGCUAUUCCCGAGGGUGAAACCGAUGAGGCACUGUGGAAGGCAAUGGUCGGUCUCACAAAGUGACGCAAGCAAGAUCAAUGAUUGGUACGUGGUAGAGAACACGCAACUAUAGAUAUUCUACCCGAUCUCAAUAUCUCGGGAGAAAUUUCUUGAUAGAGUCGUUGAUAUAGUUGCGAUCGUUAUAGCGAGGGUUACCAGUUACGUCACUGUCUGUGGUAUGCAAGACCUAGCCUUGUCGCAAACAGAGGCCGCCUGCUCGUCGGUAUAACCAUCCAGCUACAGAUACAUUACCUGCUCCAUGCUACCAGUCUCGAGAUUACGUGUAUAGCACAAACCAUUAUCCCGGA